UGUUUCUUUGUAGAAGAACGGUGAUUCUUAACAGAUAAUACUGGUGAUUAUAGAACCUUGUCUAAGCUACACUUGUUUCCUGGCUUGCUACAGGAGCAAGCUGCGCCAUGUCUUUGAACCCUCCCACCAGCAAUGACGCAUGCCUGAGCAUCGUGCACAGUCUGAUGUGCCAUCGACAAGGUGGUGAGAAUGAGACCUUUGCUAAACGUGCCAUUGAGAGUUUAGUGAAAAAGCUCAAAGAAAAGAAAGAUGAAUUGGACUCACUGAUUACAGCUAUUACAACCAAUGGAGCACAUCCCAGCAAAUGUGUUACAAUCCAGCGGACCCUAGAUGGAAGACUACAAGUCGCUGGCAGGAAAGGUUUCCCUCAUGUGAUCUAUGCCCGACUCUGGCGCUGGCCAGAUUUGCAUAAGAAUGAGCUAAAGCACGCCAAAUUCUGCCAGUUUGCCUUUGACUUAAAAUAUGACAGUGUGUGUGUCAACCCGUACCAUUAUGAGAGGGUUGUCUCUCCUGGAAUUGGUGUCAGUCUUCAGAAUACAGCUCCUCCUACUCGUUUGGUGAAGGAUGAAUUUGUGCAUGAGUGUGUGCAACUUGAUAGACCACAAGUCAUGUCGCAUGCUGAAGAACAUAGGCUUGAGCCAGUCAAACACCCAACUAACGCACGACCAUCUUCUGAAACCUACGUACAGCCCCUCCCAGCUCCAGUACUUUCCUUGCCAGAGACUUCCAGAGCCACUGUGCACAGCUUUCCCAGCAUUCCAAUGUCAUCUCCUCCUGCCAACAAUUCUCUCAUUCCUAUGAAUCCCAGUGAGGGUUUAUUACAGAUUGCUCCAUCACUGCAACAGAUGGCACCUCCCCCAACUCCACCUCCCCCUCCUCCUGUGCCCCCCAAUCCAUCUCAGCAAAAUGGAUAUCCACCACCAAAACAGCCUUAUCAGAAUACAACAGCAACUUGGACAGGCAGCAGCACAGCUGCUUAUGCACCGAACAUGGUGCCCCAGCAAAAUGGGCAUGGGCACCAUCAAGCAGCAGUGCACCAUGCCAGCCAUUACUGUCAGGCAUCACAGUCAGCAGUGAUACCCUUCCUCUUGCGUCACACUGCCUCAGCCUCUCAACCACGCACGCCACACAAUGGCUCUUCACAUCACAAUGGAGCAUCCUAUCAACAGUCGCUGUCCAACCAUCCAGGCCCCGAGUUCUGGUGUUCAAUCACAUACUUCGAAAUGGACAUGCAAGUGGGAGAGAUGUUCAAAGUUCCCUCUAGCUGUCCAGUAGUGACGGUUGAUGGCUAUGUGGAUCCUUCAGGAGGAGAUCGCUUCUGCCUAGGCCAGCUUUCCAAUGUACAUCGAACUGAUGCCAGCGAGAAGGCCAGAUUGCAUAUUGGUAAAGGCAUCCAGCUUGAGUGCCGUGGUGAGGGCGAUGUCUGGAUGCGCUGCCUCAGUGAUCAUGCUGUAUUUGUACAAAGCUAUUAUCUGGACCGAGAGGCAGGCCGUGCACCUGGAGACGCUGUACAUAAAAUUUAUCCUGGGGCAUACAUCAAGGUGUUUGAUUUGCGUCAGUGUCACAGACAGAUGCAGCAACAGGCGGCCACAGCACAGGCAGCAGCAGCAGCUCAGGCCGCAGCCGUAGCUGGGAACAUUCCAGGCCCCGGCUCUGUGGGAGGCAUUGCUCCAGCAGUUAGUCUUUCUGCAGCUGCAGGGAUAGGCGUUGAUGACCUGAGGCGUCUUUGCAUCCUCCGACUGAGCUUUGUAAAGGGCUGGGGACCAGAUUAUCCACGGCAGAGCAUCAAACAUACCCCCUGCUGGAUAGAGGUCCAUCUGCACCGGGCAUUGCAGCUUCUGGAUGAGGUCCUGCACACUAUGCCCAUUACUGACCCAGGAUCUGUUAACUGACACCAGUCACCAUCCUAGCGUUGUCCUCCUCUUCCUCUUAAUUAUUACAAAACUUGUAAACUGCUCACUUGAACCUGGGACAACAGCAGUCAAGAUAGACUGAUGCAACAUAACUUUAUUUUUAUAUGUUUUAUCUUAUUGCUUAUUGACCAUUUUCAUAAAAUCAUGGUCAUGAAAAAUUCACACUACAACCAAAUUGGAGGUGCUUUUGGAACUUACUGCCCUUACCUCUAUAAAAUGUAUUUAUUUAGUUUUCUAAUUAGGAUUUGCAACAAAUAAUUCAGCAACAGGAGAACUGGUUCUAAUUCAAUUCCUCAUGCAGAAUUUAACCCCGAUCUUUCUCUGAUUUUGGAUUUCCUGUAUAACCGGUUUAUCGGGACAAGAAUCUUCAAACUGUUUUUAGACUUCUGCCUGAACAGUAGAUACUUUGACUUUUAUUUUCAAGAACUUAAGCCCAGUUGAUCUGUUAUCACUCAAUGUCACUGUAUUGUGCCACAAUCUAAAGCUAGAGGUGAAAUUGCUGAGGUUUGUUUUAACUAUUUGAUCAAAUAAUAUAGUACGACAUGAUAUGCUGCACAUAUUUUCCUGACUGAAGUCUUCACGUGGCCAGGUAAGAGUAUUUCAUUGUCUGCUGGACUCACUUGCAGAGCAGACAGAGGAUGAAUAGUUUGAAAGCUGCUCCAUUGCCUUUAGCAAAUUGCUUUCUGCAUCUUUCACCAUCUCUCAUUGAAAUAUGAGGCACUGGAGCCCAUCUAGUUCUUUGUCGUUCACUUUUCUUAAUCAAAAUUUCAGGCUUGAGGAUAAAUUUGAAGACAUGUUUGGCUGGAUCGUUUUGACUAACUCUGCAGCAAAGAUUUGUUAUUUAUUGCAAUAACAAUAUUUGCAAAGCCUUGAAGGCCCUACCUCAAGCACAGUUAUCUCAUUUAGGUUCCUGUAAAAGAAGAAGGUUCAACUGUCAGCCUUGGUAAUUUUCAUUUAGGUUCGAUUGGAUUGUGAAUGACUGUAAGCUGAGAUAUUACAAAUUCUUAAGAUCUAACAGUCUUUUGUCAUACUACCUGUUCUAGCUUUACUCCCUAUGGUUUGAGCUUUUCAACAGCCUAACAUUGUAGAGUUAUACAGCAUGGAAACAGACCCUUUGGCCCAACUCGUCCACGCCGAUCAGAUAUCCUAAAUUAAUCUAGUCCCAUGUCAUUUGAAAGUUGUAUUGUAAUUCACGGCGUUCUUAAUCGAACAAUGGGGGGGCCAAGAAGUCGUGUUUCUACAUGACUAAAUACACAGUUUUAAUGCUGAUGUGCCAUUGUAACUUCUCUGAACGUAGCUUAGAAAAUUUUGAACUGGCUCUGACACUCAUGCAGUGGCAGAAUGUAGCUGUCUUGCACAUCUGGUUUUGUUUUUAUCUGGAUUCACUUCUAUUUUGGUUCCUUUGUAAAGUCAAACUUGUAGUCAGUACAUGGCCUUUGUGAUCUGUGUGCUACAUACCCACUGUAGACUUGCCUGCCACCUUAAUGCAGAAUCAUUGUUGCACCAUUCGGUACAGGCUCUAUAUACAGCUAGCAUUUGAUUUGAUCAAAAUGUCCUUAUUCCUCCCAACUGCAGCUUCAUCCAGAGCUGUCUGUGCUGCUAGCCACUAGUGACUCCCUCUUCAGCUGACUGCAAGUUGGGGCUCAAGUUGUGAUUGUCAUCUUGCUGCCACUUACUGUCUCUGUUCAUUUAUACACAUUGAUGUCUGUCACAAAUGGCUAUAGAAUCAAGAUGCUCGAGGGCUGCUGUCUUCAGGCAGAGGAGAAAGUAGCAACCAAAACAUUGAGUUAGAUUCAAGCAACUGGAUGCUGUAAAUGUAAUCUAUGUGUGAUAUUUACUCUAUGACUGAGGAUUCUCUUGAUCGUGAUAAACAUGAGAUUUCUAUCAUACUCUUGGAAGUAGAGUUCCUAAGAAGAAUACCAAUCACACUGAAGUGGAGUAAUGAGCAAGUUCAGUCAUCGAAUCUGCUCUGAGCUCCUCUUGUCCUCUCCUGGCAAUACAAGUGUUGAACCUCUUAACUUCCAAAGAAUCUUAAUUGUGAUAUUUGUCUGAUUUCUUUGGACAGUGAAGUGGGAGCUCUGUGGAGUACGUAAAACAUGGUGUAACCAAUGCUGAAUGGGGCAGUGCAGUGGGAGCUGCGUUUCACUUAGGUAUGGCACUAGUUAAGUUUUGAAUAGGACGAAGUAAGAAGUGUUACUUGCUGUACUUUUUGCAGUGCUGAAUGGGAAAGUAAGUGUCUUGUCUUGCUGUGCAUUGGCAAUACCGUGGCAUAUUCUCCAGUAACCCCAUUCUGGUGGCACAGGGACCAAUCCUCACCAUCACCUGCUUCCUGUAGCAAAAUUGCAUUGUCUGCAUUUCAUCAGAGGUGCUGGGUUUUUUCUCAACUAGGCCGCCUUGCAUUCUGUCCCAGUCCAUCCUUUUGUAGGAUUCUCUGUCAAGCUGUGUGUGGUAUGGGAGAGGGAGAAGGGACUGCUCGCUAAGUCUCACUGCAUUCGUUAUCAAUCUGAGAAGGAACUCACUAAUUCUGGCCCCCGGAGUAUUUACGCUGACAGCCCCAUUCCUCCCCCUGCCCCCGCCCAGAAAAAAAUCAGGGUUCUCCACACUUUGUUAUCUCGGAUUCUCCAGCAUCUGCAGUUCCCAUUAUCCUUGUGCUCGCUGAUGUCUCAUCUUCCAAUUGGGUAUAAAUUCUGAUCCUCAAGUUCCCUAUUCAUAUCCCUGAUAUUUCCUGAUUAACUGUUUUUCCCCCCCACCCCUGGUUUGUAUAUUCAGAUUCUUUCUGUUCUUGCCAUGCCGUUGGACCAUAUACCAUCAUUCCUCCUGUUAUCCUCUUAGCACAAGCUUCUGCCUCCCCAGCCCUUCACCAUGACCUAUCUGGGGCUUGCACCCUAAUAACCUGUGCUGAUAUUUUAUCUUUUCCCAGCCACUCUCCCACUUUGAAGGAUAAACCCUUAUCCUUGUAUUCUCCAGGCAUGCGGACUGUCAAACUCAUGAAUACUGCUGCAGGUGGUGUUGGAGUUCUGCAUCCUACCACCCCGACUCCCCCUCCAAUGACCUUAGGCACUUUGAAUUCUACACUGCAGAAAACUUGCUAAGUUAUGGAAUUCUUUCAGUCGUGACAAAAAUUUGUGUAGAACUCAGUCGGUUUAGUGGUUAGACUUUGUAUUGUAACAUUGAAGUGUCAGCUGAGGUGCAGUCUCUGGCAGAGAUUUACUAUUAAACACCUGGCUAUCCUCCACCCAUUUCAGAAAAACCUUGCCAAAGAUUGAAAGCAGUUUCAGGAGUUUGAAACUCCCAAGUGUUCUUUGGAACUUGAUGACCAACGUGUUGGCUUAUUCUUGUGGGGAUAUCUGACCAAGUGUGACUUGUAUUUGGCCAUCUGUGAGUGGGUGUACCGCUGUAUUUUGAUUCCUCUGCAGCCUUGCAUUGCAGAAGUUGAACUGGGUCGUUAUUUCUUGGUUGUUGUCAGUUACCCAGAGGAUGUCAAACUCAGGAUCACAAUGGGACUUCCACGCUGGACAAAGAACAAUCAAUGUGAUCUUUGUCGUGAAUAAAUUCAAGAACACUCUUUCAAAUAGGGAUCUCUGAAUGGUGUUUGUUGCCCAGGAUGAAUGUACAGUACAGCUGUCCUGAAAAUGUGAUCAUGCUCCUCUGGUCAGUGCAAUGCAGAAUAAUGCGCCUUACCGGAUGUUUUUCCUGGCACUAUUCGCACCAUGUCAUGGCUCCAGUUCUGUUUGCAAAGAUUGUGACACAGGAGCACGUACCCUAUUCAGGAAUCUGAAAAGGUUUAAGAAUCCCACACUGAUCACAACAGCUACUGGGUAACUGGAUGAUUGCUGAUGACUGAGCUCUCCGUAUGCUUGAGGGAAUGUCCAGCUGCUUGCUGACAGAUCACUUUUCCCAGCCCUCAGAGUUGUGUUAAGAGACACACUAUAAAAACUAUGCUGUCACCAUACCUCCAAGAGUGAAUGCUCACAACCGGAUCUGUACAUCAACAUUUGGUUUAACAUCAAAUAUGAAACAACAACAUAAUACACGAACAACUCAUCUCCUUACUGUUGAAGUAAUGGGCAUCCUGCAUCGUCAAUCAACCAAAAGCCAACUGAUACAGCAAUACCAUUCUCUACUUCUCUGCAACUACCUCCUCACCCAAAUAAAACUGUGGCAAAUAGGUAAACAGCUUGUCAGUAAGUGGCUGUACAUGCAGGCCCUGCAAGAGAUACCAAACACCACGCACCUAUCUUCCUCUUGACCGGGAAGCGUUUGAGGGGGGAAGAAAUAUUCUAAUUGCUUUGGUCAGUGGGAGUUUGGACCAAAAAUCCCUUAGUACUAAACAGUUCCACAUCUAUGGUUCCAUGAUGAUGAUUAAUGUAGCAAAUUCUAGACCCAGAUAUAAACUGUACCCCAGCUUGGAAUUAGAUACAGGAGCACUUAUAUUUUCAGCUAUACUUGAUAGUAGGUUUUGUUUCCUGUUCUGUUUAUAUUUGUACGUGGUUACUUAGUAAAUAGUUAAAUUCAGGCUGUGGGUACAAAUGAGUGCAGAUAUUUUACAUCUGAUCUGGAAAUUUAUCUCUACCCGUUGUAUAUGUAUUGUUCCUGGCAAGCAGCAAUAAGCUUGUGGGUAUUUGAUGUUAUGUGUAAAAAGGGAGUUGAAGUAGUCCUGAUCGUGUAUAAAAUCUUGUGUCAAUAAUCUGUGUACUUUCAUCUUUUGCGAAGUGUUUGUGAGAAAAUUAACUUGUUGUGUUGUAAGUAGCUUUACCACCAUCCUCUCAUUAUUCCUUCUGCCUGGCAUUACACUGAUGUGAUUUUGAGCCAUGUAUCCUAAAAAGAAUAUCCCAAUUUGAAUGACUUAGCUUUGCUGAUCUCAGCCAUGUUAGGUAUAGAAUCUUUGCAGCUGACCUGACCUGACCAUACUUGGGUUGGGUGGUCGUCAGUUGCCAGCCUGGCAGGAAGGGAUAUGUAAUGUUAGGUAAGGCAAGGCAGGGAGUCACAUAGGCAUACUCUUCAUUAUCUCAAAUUUACAGCUUGGAUUUUCCACUUAGUUAUUUGAAAGCGGUUAGAAAUUUUGGGUAUCACCACCUUACAAGUGAAAAACUAUUUUUCCAUAGGUUGGAAGUCUGACAACACCAUGUUCUAGUUCAACAGGUUUAUUUGAAUUCUCAAGCUUUUGGAAUGCUGCCCCUUCGUCACUUCACCUGACAGAGGGGCAGUGCUGCAAAAGCUUGUGAUUUCAAAUAAACCUGUUGGACUAUAACCUGGUGCCCUCUGACCUUGCCUACCCCAGUCCAGCACUGGCAUCUCCACUUCAUAUUUUUCCAGAGAACUCAGUUGUCGUAUUCCCUUGCAGCUAAAGAAGUCAGCCUAGAGGGGACAAGCCUGGUCAAUGAGUGUGGUAGAUUUGAAGAAAUGUUCUUUGGCACUGAAUGAAUUAUUCAAGUAGAAAGUUGUGAUUUGAUAUCGACAAUAGCUUGCUAAUGUUUUCAAAACUGGGUAAUUCAUGGAGUCAGGAUCAGAGGUGCCUCAUUGUUUUGAGCUGAAAAGAAUGUUUUCAUUGGAGGAUAAGGAAGGAAAUGAACUGAAAUGCAACCCACAGUCUGUCUCUCACUCACCCAUGCUCCUGCUGUCAUGUCUGCACUCUAUAGUUGUGCCUUUCUGUGCUGUCAUGUUUUCAUACCUGCACUCUCGCUGUCAUACCCAUGUCCUCGCUGUUGCACACUCUCUUUGUUUGAUACUAAUUGCAGAUGAUGAAAGUAAUGCUUACUAAAUAGUGAAUCAAGUUCUGUUUCUGUGAUUCGAUGCAGGGCUGGUAUUUUGAGGUUGAAAUAUUGCAUUGUCUGAAGUGAAGCCUUGGAAUUACAGAAUUGUCUCAAUAGCUCUGAUGGCUUUCAAAGUUGAAUUUCCGGAGGUUUCUUUCACAGGUAAGCUUUGUAGAUGGAACAGAACAAGUGACAGAGAGCUAUUGCUUCUCUAGUUCUGCAAGCAAGAAACAUAUCUACUGCCCAAGUGAAUACAGCAGACUUCCAACUAUUUCUGGAUAUUUCUGUUUCUUGCUCCCAGAAUUGAAGCUUUGGCCUUCUCUAAAGAUGUUUCAAAAAUCUCUCUCUUGCUGUUUUUGUUUUGGCAUCUUGUCCUGCCUUUUCUAUACUUUGGGCAUCUUUGCUUGUCUACUACAGUGUUAAGUGAUUUGGACAAACUGCCAAAUUAUCUUCCAAACAAGGCAAAUAAUUCAGUUUCCAGUUUUGAAUGCUUAAUACCUUUACAUCUGGCAAUUACACAAGUUUGAGUGCCAUCUAGGCAAGCCUGUUUGUAUUCCACUUCCAAAGCUUGUCCAGUGUUGCCAUUGUGAAAGGUAAGGUGACUCUCGGAGUUCAUUCCUGUCUUUAAACUGGAGCAAUAUUUACAAGCUGUAAUUUCUAAAACAGUUUAUUAAAUAGAACAGCUUCUCAGUUUAUGAUACACAUGAUGACUUGGAAAAGGUCAGUGUGACUAGUAGAGCCAAAACAAGGAGUGGGUGGGGGAUGUUGGAGUUAGUGAGAAUCACUGAUCAUAAAAUGUCACGUGUGGUUUUCCUUUUGGAGCUUCAAAACCAAACCCAAUUGAGUUCCUAAAAGUGGAAGAUAUCACAGACAUUUUGGAAAGCAGGUACACUAGUUAUGACAAACUGUCAUUUUCUGAAACUUCCUGCUCUGUUUGACGGUAUGUGGGAAAGCUAAAAGGAAUUUCCAGAGAGUUCAGUCUAGAAUUAUCCUUCUUCACAACUGGCUGAUGCAUACAAGCUGAACAAUGCACCGGAUCUAGGCUUAUUCUGUAUGCUCACUUGUAAUUCCACAAAGGGCUGCAGUAGCUUCCUUGUUCAAUCUGUUGAAGACUGCAGACUAAGGCUACAGUAUUCAGAAACAGUGGUACAUAUGGUGGAAGUUUGGGAAUGUCUAGACUUGACUGAACAUCGUAUUGGUAGGACUCUGGUGACUUUACCCUCUGUAAUUGUUAAUGAGUAUAGGAAUGUGGACAGCAGAACAGCAAUAUUGUACUUUAAAACAAAACAUUAAAAGAAUUUUUUAAAAUUGUUAACAGGAGUGCAAUAAUAUCUGAAAGAUUUUUGCAAAAAGUGAGUUUUGUCUCACUGAACAGAGACAAAAAAAAAACCUGCAGAUACUGGAAUCCAAAGUAGAGACACAUGAGGCUGGAAGAACACCUAGCCAAGCAGCAUCUGGAUUCUGUCUCUCCCUCCACCCCUUCCCCCCUCUUCCCCUCUUCUUUAUCUGCAGCUCCCCCUACUCCCACAGCCGCACCUAAAGAAGGGCAAAGCCAAAACGUUGACUGCUCCUUUCCUCCAGAUGCUGCCUGGCUUGCUGUGUUCUUCCAGCCUCCUGUUUGUUUACAUUGUCUCAUGGAUGCUGAAAACAAGUCUCACUUUUCUCUUCCCCAAUUUACUUGUCUUUUCAGACCCAGCUUUAUAGAAAGUAUGGGCCCUGUAUCAGUACUGAACACCAAUUAGAUGUUAUUACAAAUAAAUAGAUUUUAGCUACAGAUAAACAAUUAUAACUCCUCCCCCCCGCCCCCACCCACCUGUAUACACACAAACACAAGGACUCUGGUGUUAUGGUUGGAAGGAAAAGCUGGGAAGGCAGUUCAGUAGUCCCUGUCUAUAGUUCGUCGAGAUGAUCCUUUUUAUUUGUCAGUACUUGUUAAUUAAUUUCACUCCUCCCAGGUUUUGUUUAACUUCAUCAUUAACAACUGGUCACCACUGCAUAGACCAACAAGUCUCAUUUUAUACAUCACCUGUACUUGUUGAACAAAGCAGCAAUGUAAACACCACUUACAAAGUUUUAAUAACUUCCUUCUGGGAUUCCAUUUGCGCGGGUAGACAGAGCUGUUGUGUGAUAAAUUUGACACAUUGUGGACUAUGCAACAAUGUCUAGUCAUCUGUCAAGGUUCAUUAGUUAUUGAAGCUUCAGCUAACAUUUAAUGUGUUGACACAAGUGAUAUCAAACAAAACUGAAGUCACUGGGAGUGAGGGAAAAUGUUUAGUCUGACAUGUUAGAAUCCCUCAGCCCAGCCUGUUCAGUUGAUGUAGCAGUGAAUUGCCCUCCCUGGAAGGGCUCACUGUGCACCUGUAUGUCCCCCUUACACAGUCUAUGCUGAUGUAUCAUUGCAGAACCUGGUCUCCAAUCUUCUUGAAAUCCACUUGCUAUUGGACCGUAUCGCAAUUGAUUUGCAAAGAUCUUCCUUUGUUAAAACAAAUUGAUGUCUAUG